AUCUGCAUACCCACGCCACUCACCGUUGCGAACAUGCCCAAAGUCACCGCCUCGAAGAUUACUCGCGCACCCACUACUACUAAGGCGCUGCGCCCCCGUUCGACCGUGAACCUUGAGAAGACCGCUGCCGAAUCAACGAGCAGUGGGACCAAGAAAAACGCGCGCGCCGCGCGUCCGUACGACAAACUCGUGAAGACUGAAUGCGCUCAGCCCGCCCCCAUCAAGCGCGAAGGUGCCCGCAUCAAGGCCGAACGCUCAUCCGCGAAGAACGCAGAGAGCUCCUCCUCGCAGCAGACUGGGCCAGGGCACCGCUCUUACGACCCAGCACUCAUCCGCCCCAAGAUCAUCGCCCGCAAAUUCAUUGGCGAGAAAAUCGUGCUGCUGCACUGCGAGUGCAUCCACGACCAGGAUCAGAUCCGCCUUCAGUACCGAGAUGGUACCCCCCUCCCGCGUCCGAACGCGAUGGGCUUCGAGCUGUUCGACCGCCUCGCGCGCCAGCCGGUCGCGUGGAACGGCUACGGGACCCCUCUCGUGUACCAGGCCCUGAUCUACAAGCGCGGCUCGUAUGUGCUGCGGUACAAGGGUCUGGAGGCUUGGGAGUACAGCACCGAUGAUUGGGCGGAUUUUUGGAAAAGACAGGAGGAACUCAGCAAGACGCCUUACGACUGGGAUACCUGGAAUCGGAUCUGGAAGUGCGUCGAGCACGGCUCUCUCAACCCCAUCCCGUUCGAGAAGCUCGAACCUGUCGUGUACGUUGGCAGCCUUAUCGGCGCCGUUGAAAAGCCUGGCUCAGGCGCCUUGGACCACCUCCCACGAGACCUUUUUCCGCGGUGUGACCUCGAGACGACGUAUCAAUUUCAGCAAUACAAGCGCCGCACCGGCAAGGUCUUUCGCUACUAGGGUUCCUGACUUCUGCAGCUUACCCUGUACUGUCUAUAUACGAAUCAUCUUGUAUCUCUAUCGCUCACAUCUUUCGCAUUCCAAAGAUUUCGAACAUGUUAUGAC